UAUGAAGUUAUAGCUUAUUUAAGCAAAAUAAAAAAUGGAUAUUGUUCUUUUUCGAAUUGUUUUAGUUUCGUUUCUUCAUUGUUAUGUGGAUAAACGCGUUUUAAUUUAUGGGCAACUGCAAAGGACUCGGUCAACAACUUUGAGUCCCGAUGUAUCAUUUGUGGAUAUUUCUACCGAUGGCGGGGAUUUAAGUACUUUUUCCGAAGAUACAACAACAACCCCGUUUUAUACUACGACGAUCGUGACAUCAACCACAGCAUUUCCGGUACAACCCGUACCCAUACCCGAUCCGCGCGAUAAACAGCUACGCUUAUGCCUGACCAUUGAAAGUUCACCAUCAUUUUUUUAUUACUAUCGGCGAGUAGCCACCGCCAUCGACAUGGGAAUCGAAAGAGCAAAUCGCCAAAUAUUAACCAACAAUUACAAGAUAGCACCUUAUUAUAAAGAUUAUGGAAAAAUUUGCUUGAAGAAGAACAACGCCGUUAAAUACGCAUUGGAAAUGUUUACCGGUGGGAUUACAUGCCAUGCUUAUCUUGGGCCAGGAUGUGGUUAUAGCGCUGAUAGCUUGUACAACCUGGCGGAGUAUCUGCAGAUUGCAAUACUUGCUUGUCCAGCGGCUGGAUCGUGUAACGCAGCUGAACGAGACCAGUAUCCGCUGAUGACACGCACUUCCUUCACCCACAAGGAUACAUCCAAACUGCUCUUCCGUUUUUUCUCUCAAUAUGGCUAUAAACACGUGGUGGCUAUUAUGGAUGAUAGUAACAGUUUUUACGAACAGUUUGGUGUUACGUUCACCGCAGAACUCCGAAAGCGUCCAGACUUCGCAUCGACCAUCGUGCAGAAACCGAUCAGAAGCGGUGAUGCUACCGCGGACACAUAUGUCAACCUGCUUAAAGAAGCCAACUCCACUGCGCGAGUGUAUUUACUAUGCUCAAAUGCAAGUGUGGUUCGACAGAUUAUGCUAACUGCGAACACGUUAAAUAUGCUGGAUGGAAGCUAUGUUUACAUCGCGAUUGAGCUUUUUCAAAGCAGUACUUGGGGAACAUUUACUUGGAGCAUGGGUAAUGCACAAGACAGAGAUGCUAAAUUUGCCUAUAAUUCAUUACUAUUGGUUGCUCUGAACCCGCAACAUACCGAAUAUUUCGACGAAUUUUCUUCUGACAUCAGACGGCUGUCCCGGCAGAACUACAAUUAUUCGUUUGGCGAAUUUGAAGAUAUUGACCCCGUUGUUAUUAGCUACUAUGAAUCGGUUCUAAUGUAUGCAGACGUUAUAAAUAAAAUACUGGCAAGUGGAGGAAAUAUUUAUGACGGCAAGCUCGUAUCCUCGUUAUUUCGAAACGGAGCUUUCAACAGUCCUGUCAGUGGGAACGUAAAAUUGGACAGCUUUGGUGAUCGACUUUCAGACUUUAUUAUAAGGACAAUGGACUACGAUACUGGGCGAUAUAUGGAUUUUGUUGCUUAUUCUGCUAAUACCGACCAGCUAGUGCAAGUGGGCCCGCCCGUUUGGGGCACACCGGACGGUAAUCUUCCUCCUGAUAGUCCACGGUGCGGUUUCACCGGGGACGCUCCAAUCUGCCAUCCUCAAGGUCUCUCUGGCGGUUUGCUGGGAGCGGCAGUAGCGAUCCCUAUCAUUGUUCUCCUGUUACUUUUUGGCCUUAUCGGUUAUCUAAUCAUGCGGUCACUGAGGAACGAAGGGCUGGAUCCGAACUGGUGGCGCAUAUCUCAGUCUGAACUCGAUAUUACCGGAACCAAAGGAAGUCAAGGCAGCCGCAUUGCCAGUAGUAAAAAGUCUCUGCAGAACGACGAAACCACAUCUCAAACAACCAAACAAACGGAUGCCACUUCUGGUAUGAGUGUCAUGAAUGGACGCACGGCUACUCUACGCGGAAAUGUCAUUACCAUCAUUGAUGUUGCGGAAAAACGCCGACGACCCAAUCCCCAAAUGAUUAAAGAACUAAACCAAGUCCGGGUAGUUACCCAUCAGAAUUUACAACGCCUGCUGGGUGUAUCGGUGAACGAUGACGGAUACGUCGUGUACAUCGUAGGCGAACUGUGCCAAAAAGGCUCUCUGACUGAUUUAUUGGAAAAGGACUCCCUGAAGCUCGACUGGUCCUUCAAGAACUCGUUAAUUAAAGACAUUGUUAUGGGAAUGACGUAUCUCCAUGGAUCAUCUAUUGAAUCGCAUGGGAAUUUGACGGCACAUACUUGCCUUGUGGACAGUCGGUUUAUGCUAAAGGUGUCCGACUUUGGAUUAACGUCAUUUCGUGACGUUCGAGACUUAUUACCACCAGCGGAAGAUGACGACGAUCGCAACUUUGAUUAUCUAUUAUGGCGAGCUCCGGAACUCUUACGGCAGCAAAUGCCAGUUAAAGGAACGCAAAAAGGAGAUGUUUACAGUUUCGCCAUUCUACUGCAGCAAAUUAUUCUUCGUACUGGUCCGUUUGAUACACCUGGAGACGCCACCAAAGCGCAUCAAACUGCCAAAGAAGUGAUAAUGGAAGUGAAAAAAGGAACUCAACCGCCUUUUCGACCUCAAGUUCCUCCUUCCGCAUGUUCCAGUGAACUGUUCGGUCUGAUGGAACGCUGUUGGGAAGAGUAUCCCAUUGAACGCCCUACUUUUUCCAAAAUCAAGGAAGGUCUGAAAAAGGUCAUAGGAAAUUCCGGCGACAACAUAAUUGAUCACUUGCUUAAGCGCAUGGAACAGUACGCCGCUGAUCUGGAAGCGCAAGUGGCAGAAAAAACCGAACAGUUCGUCGAAGAAAAACGGCGCUCUGAAGAAUUACUCAGUCAACUGCUGCCAAAAUCGGUCGCGGAAUCGUUGACACGAGGUCACAACGUCGAUCCCGAACUGUACGACAGCGUAACCGUGUACUUCAGCGAUAUUGUCAGCUUCACAACCAUUUCGGCUGCUGGAUCACCAAUGGAUGUGGUUUCCAUGUUGAACAAUUUGUAUACCAUGUUUGACAGUAUUCUUGAAAAAUAUGAUGCAUAUAAAGUGGAAACAAUUGGCGAUGCCUAUAUGCUUGCCAGCGGUCUGCCGGUGCGCAACGGAAAUCGCCAUGCGAGCCAAGUGGCUUUAGUGUCACUAAAUAUAAGAAAAGACUUAGACACCUUUAAAAUUCCCCACCUUCCUGACGAUAAACUCAGGUUACGCAUUGGCCUUCAUUCGGGAUCGUGUGUUGCUGGAAUCGUUGGAUUAAAGAUGCCGCGAUAUUGUCUGUUCGGUGAUACCGUUCAGAUAGCACAAAAGAUGGAAUCCAGCGGAGAAGCAAUGAAAAUCCAAGCCACUCACGCCACUAAGCAGUUGCUGGAAGAUAUCGGCGGCUUUCAGCUGCAAGAACGAGACCGCGUUAUAGAAUUUAAGGACAUGGAAAUCCGAACAUACUGGCUGUUGUCCGGAAAGUAGCAGAAGGAAUGCGCUGUUUGCCUCUUUGCUAGCCGCAUGAGAGUGGGAAUAUUUUCUUUCGAUUACUUUCUGUCUGGAUUGCUUGAAUUUGUUCUGUUCUGACUAGUAAAGGUGUUUGUUUUAAUGUACUUCUCUGAAUUUUGUUCCUGGUACGUACGUAGCACAGUUGGAAUUGCCUGCAUUUAGAAGUGGUAAACCACUGCAGAAAGAGUGAAGUUUUGUGCUAUCCAAAAUCUUGUUAUAUGCUUGCCAACUAUAUUUUUGAUUUUUUUGCAAAUAGAUUUAUGAGUGCAGAUGUUUGUUUUACUUUCGUUGUUGCCGGUACAAUGAUUAACAGUAAAUAUUUGAAUGCAAUUUG